AUGGUUAAAGAGAUUUGUGUGUUGGGGAGUAUACCUCCUUGUGUUAUUGACAUGACAGUGCUUCUAAAGAAGUUUGCCGGUGAAGAAAAGGAGAAGGAGAUGAUGUGCGUAGCCACUAGCGAACCUGAACGCACCGGUGCCUCCGAUGAUCAGUAUCUCUCGCACCUUCGACAGUAUCCGAUUCCGUCCAUACAUCGUCAUCGUGACGGCAGCGCUGCCGUUAAACUCUCCUUCCAUGAACACCAAGUUAAAGACCAUUGUGAAGAUUAUGAUAUUCAUGUCCGUCGAUGCGUACAUCCUCUGAGGCCCUGA